UCUUGUUUUUCUUUUGUGCCGCAUUAUUGUUCCUUCUCUAUCACUGCGUUGUUCCUCUCUCUCUCUCUCUCUCUCUCUCUCUCUCUGCCACACUAUAGCUUGUGCUUGAAAUCAAGAAGAUUAACAUCGUCAUGAAUAAGGUCACCAUUGUUGGUAGUGGCAAUUGGGGUAGUGUUGCCGCAAAACUUAUUGCAUCAAACACCAUCAAGCUCAGUAAUUUCCACGAUGAAGUGAGGAUGUGGGUAUUUGAGGAAACUUUACCAAAUGGGGAUAAGCUCACUGAUGUCAUCAAACAAACCAAUGAAAAUGUUAAGUACCUCCCAGGAGUCAAGCUAGGUCAAAAUGUAGUUGCAGAUCCAGACCUUGAAAAUGCAGUUAAGGAUGCAAACAUGCUGGUAUUUGUAACACCACAUCAAUUCAUGGAAGGAAUAUGCAAAAGGCUUGAUGGGAAAAUAAGGACAGAUGCAGAAGGGAUUUCUCUAGUAAAAGGGAUGGAGGUCAAGAAGGAAGGUGCAUCCAUGAUCUCUACUUUAAUCUCCAAUCAAUUGAAAAUCAAUUGUUCUGUUUUAAUGGGGGCCAAUAUAGCAAAUGAGAUUGCAAUGCAGAAAUUUAGUGAGGCAACAAUUGGAUACAGAGAAAAUAAAGAAGCUGCAGAGAGAUGGGUUCAGUUGUUCAACACUCCUUAUUUUAAUGUGACAUCUGUUCAGGAUGUUGAAGGAGUUGAAAUGUGUGGAACCCUGAAAAAUAUAGUUGCUAUAGCUGCAGGUUUUAUUGAUGGCUUGGAAAUGGGAAAUAACACAAAAUCUGCAAUAAUGAGAAUUGGUCUGAAAGAGAUGAUGGCAUUUUCAAAGCUGUUGUUUCCAUCGGUCAAGUACAGUACCUUUUUCGAGAGCUGUGGUGUAGCUGACCUUAUCACAACAUGCAUGGGUGGAAGAAAUAGGAAAGUUGCUGCUGCUUAUGCAAGAAAUGGCGGAAAGAGGUCUUUUGAUGAACUUGAAGCAGAGUUGCUUAAAGGCCAGAAAUUGCAGGGUGUGUUAACUGCAAAAGAGGUUUAUGAGGUUCUUACCGCUCGCGGAUGGGUAGAGAGGUUUCCACUCUUCACAACAGUGUACGAAAUCAGCUCAGGUCUCCUUCCACCAUCAGCUAUAGUUGAAUUCAACAAUAAAAGUAAGUUGUAGAUGUACAUUAAUCAUCAUCCGUGGAAGCCUCAGAGAUCGUGGCGACUCGGCAUCAUUUAUAUAAUUCAAGCUGAGAGGAAAUCAACUCUUGUUGUUUGAAGUUCAUGCCAAGUCACACAUUUUCCAUUGCUACAUGAAGGAGACAGUCAUUUGAAACUCUCCAUUGACGGAGAAUUAAAUUAUCGCGAAACCAUUGCGAAUGAAUGUCAUUGGCUAUCGAGAACCACUAGCAAGCUGACGUCAGCUCAGCAGAUUUGUAAACACGCUUCGUGAAGAAUUCGAGAUAAGUACCUUCGCUGGAAAUAGCACAGCUGUUUGCUUUGAUCCCCGAAAUGUUGAGCAACUGUUUUGAGAUUGUGUAUGGUACCAAACUUCCUUCAUGCAUUAGUUUACAUUACUGUUCAUUAUUAUAUUUCUUUCCUA